AUGAACAAAGUUGAUCCAUCUCUGGUGACAAGUUAUACUUUUAAAAGUGGCAAAGAAUAUAUUGUAAAGAUCAAAGUUACUGCUUUUAAGGGAUGUCAGCGUAAUUUGGAGCUUACUAUUACCGAUAAAUAUACCGCCGAGAAUUGGCAGUCUUUUUACGAUGCUGCAUACAUUGAAAAUUUGACGCAGAAAACGGGAAAUUACAAACAUUUUGAUGUAUUUGUGGCUAUGCUCCAAUCUGGAUUGUUAAAAACAAGCGAAUCCAUUACUCUGGAUCUGUUGACAUUCGAAGAUUUACAAUUAUUACGUGCCCGUAAACUUGAACGCAGUUCGUGUUCAAUUUUGAGUAAUACGACAAAUAAUCGUCGAUAUCUUAUAUUAACGUACACGGUAGAAUUUGAUAGAAUCCAUUAUCCAUUAUCUUUGGAAUAUUGCGGUUUACCCAAUCCUAUGAUACUACAAGCUACCAUUAGAAAAUUACAAACUGAACUUGAAAGAUUACAAUCUACACGAAUAAAUAGAGAUUUUCAGAAACGUGUUGAGCAACUGACAAUUGCGAAUCAAAAGCUUAUACAAGAAAAUCAUAGGCUUAAAAAUGGAGGAAAAGGUUUAAAACAUUUAUUGGAAUCAAUUAAAUCGUUAGAGAAUAAUGUUGUUAAGGAACGUGCGUCUUUUCAAAUGCAAAUUCAAAAACUUAAAGCCGAGAAUGCAGCUUUGUUAUUGAAAGUACAGCAACUUACUGCAUCUGCUAAUAGGAAACCAGGAGAUGGUAGUCCAGCAUUAAAAUGUCAUAACCGUACAUCUUCUACGCUUAGACGAAGCAGAAGUCGAUCUUCUUCGAUUUCAAGUCGUAAUAAAACUUCUAGUUUAUCACCAGGGAGUUCAUUAGAAUCGAUUAGAAUUCAACGAUCUCCUUGCCGAAAUUCGAAAGUAUAUAAUAAUAAAACAAAGAAUUCAAAAGUCGAGUUUGAAAAUUUGGAGACAAGAAUUCACACAUUACAGAAAAUGUUGAAAGAAGGGAUAAGCAUAAAGUAAUAAAUGAAUCAAUUUUUAUGAACAAUUAACAAAUAUAUAUGCUAAGAUGUAUUUCGUUUUUUAUCAUUGUUAUUAUUAUUCUAUUUUUCAUAUAAUACAAUUUAAUUGAAUGUAAAUAGAUUAAUUACCUCGCUAUUUAAAAUAGUGAAACUUGAAACACUUUUAUAGAUGUAACCCGCUUUUGUUUUUCUGAAACUGUAUGUGUUUUUGAAAAUUAUUGCUGAUAAAGAAAAAAAUAAACUAUACAUGUAUAAGCAUAAAUAGAAAAUACUGAAUAUUCUCCAUAAUGAUGUACAAAAUACCAAUGUAGAAUUGUGUUGUAUGUGAUUUUAAUUAUAUAUAAAGUCAUAUAUUAAAUCAAGUA